GCCCGGGCCGGGCGCGGGGCGGCGGGAGGCGGCGGCGGGCGGGGCCCGGCGCUUCCCGCGGGAGUGCUGCGAGGGGCUGGGAGGCCUGGACUACGGCCAGGUGGAUGUGGCAGCCAUGGUGCGGCUCUUUGGCUACGUGGAUGUGACCGACACUGGCUUCAUUGUGGCUGCCCUCUCAAUUGCCUUCAACCCUCUCUUCUGGAAUGUGGUAGCCAGAUGGGAGCACAAAACACGAGCUCUCAGCCAAGUCUUCGGCUCUCCCCAUGCUGCCUGUUACUGCCUGGGCGCUGUGAUCCUGGUGCUGAACUGUGUGAGGAGCCACUGCUUCACAGAAGCCAUGAAGAGCCAGCCAAAGCUGGAGGGCUGGGACUGCCACUGGACCUACUACUCAGGCUUGGCCAUCUCUGCUGUAGGGACCUUGUUUGUCAUCUCCAGCUUCUUAGCACUGGGAUUCACCGGGACGUUCCUAGGUGAUUACUUUGGCAUCCUGAUGGAGGAAAAAGUGACCAGCUUCCCCUUCAGCGUCCUGGAUAAUCCCAUGUACUGGGGCAGCACAGCCAUCUACCUGGGCUGGUCCCUCAUGCACGCCAGCCCAGCUGGCCUUUUGCUGACAGCUGUAGUGGCAAUUUCCUACACAAUCGCUGUGCUCUAUGAGGGGCCUUUCACAGAGGAAAUCUAUCGGAGGAAGCAGAAGGGAGUGAAGAAGAACAAGUAACCCCAGGGCACUCUCUCAGGUACCUCGUGCCUCUCCAGUCCCCACACUGUCUGAUUUGCCUGUUUUCCUUCUGAGAUGUAUCCUAGUAAUUAACCCAGCAACCCUUAAUGAACCAGCUGAGCUCCCUGCAGCACUGGAAGUGACCAGAGGAACAGCCUGGGCAUGGUGGCAGCUCCUUGCCACAGCCCUUGGGAGAUGGAGGUCCCUGUCCCCAGGUCUCUGUCCAGGGCACUGCAGCUCUCCUGGGAGUUACACAGUACAGGACCUUCCCAGCUCUUCUCCCACACUGAUUAUUGGAGAUCUGCAGGCAAAAGGGAAUUCCCUUUGGACUGGAGGGAAAGCAGAUUCAUGAUGGAAACACCAGUGCCCUUUCAUGAGUGAGCUCUGAGCAUAUGGAAGCUCCAGCUGAUGCUGAAGAUCAUCUGAAGAUGCUGAAGAUCAUCUGAAGAUGCUGCCUAGGAGCCACAAGAAGCAGACUAAGCUCAGGUGCAGCAAUGGAGAGAGCUUGGGAGCCCCUGAGGAUUCAAACACAGAUGGGAAAGGAACAGGGGAAUCUGCUGUGAGCUCAGCAACAGCAAAACCUGCUGCAAACCCAAAAACUGACCCCUUCUUUUUUGGGAAAGGAACCUCCCCGUCCAGAGCUGCAGUUUCCCACCCGUGCAGAACCCUGCAGCAUUUUCACACUAUUGCAAAGGCUCCCAGAAAAGUGACUGAAAAGCACAGGAAUGUGAAUGUAUGACUCAAACCACAGCCCAGGGGCACAGAGGGAUGGCAGCUGUCCCGUGGGGAAGCCCCAGCAUGGAAAAGACCCAGGGGAAGAGUCAAUCCCUGUCUGCACCUCACAAAUAUCCUGCCCCUGUUGAUGCCCCAGCCCCUCCUUUUCCCUGGGUCCACAUGAGGGUCCUGCUGCCUUUCCCACCACCCAGUGCCUUCCAGCUGUUUUUCAUUGUCUUGCAGGGGCAGUGGGAGGGAGGGAAGAGAGGGAAAGGUUUGUUUCUGCUUUCCACACCGUGCAGCAGCCAGGUGCAGAUGUGCCCCUCCGCCCCUGCCACCAGCCUCGGCAUGUCCCAAAAUUGUCCAGUGCUGAAUCCUGCCUUGAACAGAAAGACUCCAGAGGUGAUGCUCCAGCCCCAAGCUCUGUUUUCACAGAUUCCCAGAACAGUUUGAGAAACAAAUGACUGCAAAUGACCAAACGAAAGGUUGCUGGAGAAGGGAGCUGGGGCGGGCACUGAAAUGCGGGGCCACACCUCAGCAUCACAUUGUCCCCUCCACAGAGGGUCCUCCUCUUCUCACUGCCACCUCCAUGAAACAAUUCCAUUUCCUUUUGCUUUUACACCUUGUAAUUAACUCACCCUGCAGGCAUUGCUCAGCAGAAUUAAAAGUGUUGGUCUCUUUUCA